AUGGAGCGGACCGACGCUUCAGAAUGCGGCGUGCAGGUGAGAGUUUCUACCUUUUCUUUGUCGACAAAUCUUUUUGAAAACAGUUUCUAUUAAAUUGGCUAACUUUUCCUGAUUUUCGUUUUUUUUUUUAAUUUUUUUAAUUUUCAAUUGAAAUAAAUUAAGUCGGAGUUAAAUUUAGCUUGAAAAACAUUUUCAACAGAAAGGGAUUUUUUUUUCUCUAUCUCGUUGCUCUUUGUGUUGAUUUUCAACCCUCUGACUUACAAUAGUUUUUUCAAGCAGUUGGCAUUCACUAAAUGUUAGAAGGUCUUCUGAAUUUUAGAAUAACAUUUAAUUUUCUAAUUUUGUGGCUCAGCGUCGGAUCAUUUUAAAAAAUGAGGAUUGAAUAGUACGACGAAAGGAAAGAACUACUGUUCACCUAAAAAAGACCCAAAGUCAACAAAUCUAUUAUGAGAUCAUUCAGCAGGUCUGUAAUCCCAAGAAAUUGUUUGUUUGAAAAUUUUUUAAUUUCUUUUUCUGAGCACAUGUCAAUUAGACGGUUUUGCAUAAACGUAAAUUUUGACGUCUUUUGAGAAUUGAAGCCACAAAAAUAUGAAAGGGAACUAAGCGACCCGAUUGACGAAUUUCUGGACGCUACAGUAGACAAUGUAAUGAACUUAUUUUGAAUGUUGAUAUUUUUUUCCAGUUUUUUUCUCAAGCUUUAGAUACCACCUAAAAAAUUUUUAUGGCUUUUUUUGUAGAUUUAUCUCCGAAUGUUUGAGAGGCGAAGAUGAAAUGCGGAAUUGAUUAGUAAAAGCUGUGCAGAGCAAAGAUUCUAAUGCACUCAUUUUUAAGGAUCACCAUAUUUGAGAGAGACGGAAUUUCUUAAUAAAAAUUGGCAAGUAUAUUGAUAAUUAUUGAUAAAUUCAGGAAAAAUAAUUGGAGCAUAAAAUGAGCUCAGUUUGUGCGCGCCGACGCUCUCCAAAAUUUUGUCGCAGUAUUUAUUCCUCACCCUAUAUAUUGGAGUUAAAUGAUUAAGAAUCAGUUUUUGUACAAAUUCAAGCCAUUUACUCAGCUCCGAUUAGUAGAACCAUGGCUCAAAUAAAAUAAAUGUUUUCCAGGUCUUCUGCCGCAUUCGACCAUUGAACAAGACCGAAGAAAAGAAUGCGGAUCGCUUUUUGCCCAAAUUUCCAUCCGAAGACAGCAUCACUCUUGGGGUAAUACUUUGUUUGUUUGUCCGUUUGUGCUAUUCGAAAACCGUGUGCCGCGGCAACAGGUGUGUCAUCAUCCGUGCACAUUCGCUCUGCCACAAACCAAGCUUUCCCUCCAUCCACAAUAAAAUCAAUGAACGGUGUCAAGCCCAAUGAGCUUCUUUCAAUGAAGAUGACCCAAAAAGCGACUUGAAAAAAUAAAAAGAAAAAUGAAUAAGACGAAACUGCUGUAAAAUGGUGGAAUCAAACAAUUCUCAAAUUUAGAAAAAAAGUUGGUUUAUCCCGAGAAUUUUCGGAGUGAGAAACUAAACUGACUUGCAUAAGCUCAGGACGCUCCUUGAAUUUGAAUCUUUCAAGAAAAAACUUCUUACUUUGCCCUCAGGGUUUUUUUCUGGAACUCUGCUGAAAAACGAUUUUGCUCAGAUAAAAUUCGAGAGUAAAAUUUUUGGUUUUUCAGAAAACCAAGGAAAUGCGUCACCUUUUCACGAAUUUUGAAAUAUUUUUUCGCUUCAUUAACAAAUUUUACAAAUUUUAGAGAACGAAAAGAGUGAGAUUUUCUAUGAAAGGAAUUGCAGGGGAAAGUUUACGUGUUCGAUAAAGUCUUCAAGCCGAACACAUCGCAAGAGCAAGUGUACAAAGGAGCGGCGUAUCACAUCGUCCAGGAUGUCCUCACGGGUUACAACGGAACUGUGUUCGCCUACGGACAGACGUCUUCUGGAAAGACCCAUACGAUGGAGGUGGCCAGGUCUUUCCCGCUGACGAGCUCAACCAUUUGUUCAGGGCGUCAUCGGCGACACUUCCCUACAAGGCAUCAUCCCGCGAAUCGUUGCCGACAUCUUCAACCACAUCUUCAACAUGGACAGCGAGCUCGAGUUCCACAUCAAGGUCUCCUACUACGAGAUCUACAAUGAGCGAAUUCGUGAUUUGCUUGACCGUAUGUUUCACCGGAAGAAGAAAAUUCAUGUGACUUUUUCAGCUGAAAAGGUGAACCUCUCAAUCCACGAAGAUAAGAGUCGCGUUCCCUACGUCAAAGGAGCCACCGAAAGAUUCGUCGGCAGUCCCGAAGAGGUUCUUCAGGCGAUCGAGGACGGAAAAGCCAAUCGCAUGGUCGCGGUAACCAGUUGGUUUUUCCCUUCUCCAUAUAAAAACGCUUUUCUUUCUCUAUACGGACAUUUCACAAACGAAAGCUUGAGUAUUUUCCGAGUAGAACAAAAAACUACAAAAAAAGAUUUGCGUAAGGUUGCUGAAGAAAUUCUGCCCACUUUAUUUGCAGGAAAAAGGUUUUCCAUUGUUUUUUCCUCAUUCUGAGCACCAUGAUUUGCAUGAAGCGAUUCAGACAUGAACGAGCACUCGAGUCGGUCGCACUCCGUGUUUUUGAUAACCGUCAAGCAGGAGCACCAGACGACGAAGAAACAACUCACAGGAAAGCUUUACCUCGUCGAUUUGGCCGGUUCAGAGAAGGUAUUUUCGCUUCUUGUUCUCAAAACGUUAUUGUUUUCAGGUGAGCAAAACAGGAGCUCAAGGAACUGUGCUGGAGGAAGCCAAGAACAUCAACAAGUCGCUGACCGCCCUCGGUAUCGUCAUCUCGGCCCUCGCCGAAGGAACGGUCUCUCGUCGCUCUCCGAUCAUCCAACCAACAAUUUUCCGUUUCAGAAGUCUCACGUACCUUACCGUGACUCGAAAUUGACAAGAAUCCUGCAAGAAUCCCUCGGAGGUAACUCUCGGACCACCGUCAUCAUCUGCGCCUCUCCUUCGCAUUUCAACGAAGCUGAAACUAAAUCGACUCUUCUCUUUGGGCAAAGGUAUCAUCUGAAAUUUGUUUGGAAACGAACAUGCAGAGAAAAGAAACAUGGACGUUCGUGAAAGAAAGUUUUCUAUCACAACCCGUCUUUUUUUUUGGAAGUUUUUCUAUAGUAGCACUGGUCCACUUGACUUUCGUUCAAUUUAGGAGCUCUGUUCGCAGUUUUUUAUAAAUGCUUUUAUUCCGUGGGCGACCCUGGAUCGGUAGUUAGUGAAUUAAUUUCGUUCAAUCCAGAGCGAAGACGAUCAAGAACGUCGUACAGGUCAACGAGGAACUCACCGCAGAGGAAUGGAAAAGAAGAUACGAGAAAGAAAAGGAAAAGGUUUCUCUUUUCAGAGUUUGAUGAUACUCAAAUGGAUGCUCUUCAGGUCACUCGGCUUUCUGCUCUGCUGCAAGCUUCAGCUCUCGAGCUCUCACGAUGGCGCGUCGGCGAGUCUGUUUCGGAGAACGAAUGGGUCAACCUGCACGAAGGAGCGGCCAUGGCCGUUUCCGAAGGUUCUCCUCGACCCCCUCUUCUCAACUUUUCCUUUUUGCAGUUUCUGGUGGCUCGACACCGCUGAUGGAGCGUUCGAUCGCUCCAGCGCCGCCGAUGCUCACGUCGGCCAGUGGUCCAAUCACCGACGAGGAGAAGAAGAAGUACGAAGAGGAGCGCGUGAAACUGUACCAGCAGCUGGAUGAGAAGGAUGACGAGAUCCAGAAAGUCAGCCAGGAGCUCGAGAAGCUCCGCCAGCAGGUAUAUCUUUCUGAGUAAUGCGGAAAAAAGAUUUGAAAUCUUAGGUUCUUCUGCAAGAAGAGGCGCUGCAGACGAUGCGCGAGAACGAGGAGCUCAUCCGUGAGGAGAACUCCCGGAUCCAGAAGGAGGCCGAGGACAAGCAGCAGGAGGGCAAGGAGAUGAUGACGGCGCUCGAGGAAAUCGCGGUCAAUCUGGACGUCCGUCAGGCUGAGUGCGAGAAGCUGAAGCGGGAACUCGAGGCUGUCCAGGUCUCUUCUUUUUUCAUUUAAGAGUUCUACUUUUCAAGUGAAAAUGAAAAAAAAGACUCUUUCAGGAAGAAAAUCAGUCUCUGGAAAAUCGUAUGAACCAAGCAACAUCUCUUCUGAACGCUCAUUUGGACGAAUGUGGACCGAAAAUUCGCCACUUCAAAGAAGGCAUCUACAACAUCAUCCGCGAGUUCAACAUCGCCGAUAUUGUUCGUCCCUCAUUUUUUUUUGCUCACCGUGCAGUUUUCUCCCUGCAGGCGACGCAAAACGAUCAACUACCGGAUCAUGACCUGCUCAACCACGUGAGAAUCGGCGUUUCGAAGCUGUUCAGCGAGUAUUCCGUCGCCAAGGAGGUCCAUCCCCCAUUUCGCUACUGUCUUGACAGAACACUUGCAGACGAACAACGCAGCGGAGAAGGUGGCCGAGACGAAGCUGGCUCAAGACGUCGGCAAAGUGGAGGGACAGGACGCGGUUCGCGUCAAGCACCUUCUCGUCAAGGACCAGGCCGCCAAGGAGAUCAAGCCCCUCACCGACAGGGUCAACAUGGUUGGAAUAAUUCUUCGGAGGGGUCGACCAACUGAAAACUCCAGGAACUGGCAACUCUCAAAAACUUGAAGAAGGAGUUCCUGAGAGUAAUCAUGGCUCGAUGCCAGAACGGUCAGGACGCAGAGGAGGACUCCCUCAGCGCUCCCGCGCAGAAGCAGAGGAUCCAGUUCUUGGAGAACAACCUCGACAAACUCACCAAAGUACACAAGCAGGUUCGUUGUCAAUCAUGAUCAGCAGCUAAAUUUUACAGGACCUCGAAAAAAUGAAAAAGCAAAGUAACAGGGGUUUUUUUGGUGAUUUUUCUUUCAAAAGUGGAAAAAUGUUUAGCAGAAAGCUUAUUUGAAAAGCGCUUUUAACUUUUCUGAAGCUUCUUUUUCUGAAAAUCUCACUUCAAGAGCCUCUAUCUUCACAAAAGUUUAUCAAAAAAAAAAACAUCAGAUGUGAAUGUAGACAAAAACGGUGAUAAAAAUUUUCUGCGAUUGUCCUACGAGAGUUGAUAGAUCGCCAAAUUGUAUGAAAAGUGUAAAGAUUAUUUUAAUCCAAUUUUUCAUCUUACGGAGAAAAUUUCGUGACAAAUUUCUUUUGAAUAAAGAAAUUAAGUGAAAAAAUAUCAAGAAAAGUUCAAGUCGGAAUCUCAGUCGUAGGAAAAUCGGUAAUUAAUUUCUCAACUUCAGUUGGUUCGAGAUAACGCGGAUCUGCGCGUAGAACUUCCUAAGAUGGAGGCCCGGCUGCGCGGUCGCGAAGAUCGCAUCAAACAGCUCGAGGCGGCUCUGCGCGACUCCAAACAGAGGAGCCAGACCGAGCGCAAAAAGUACCAGCAAGAGGUUGGUCGAGCUGCUGCGCAGAGUUUCAACUGAGAUUCAGGUCGAACGUAUCAAGGAGGCCGUCCGACAGCGCAACAUGCGACGGAUGAACGCUCCGCAGAUCGUCAAGCCCAUCCGGCCAGGACAGGUCAGUAGAUUCAUCUGAAAAGAGCAGUGGUUCAAGAGAUACUAUUUUUGUGGAAAUUCGUCUCAUGCAAAGAUUUUCCGUCUUACUGCUUCGGUUUGGAAAAAGUCUGACAUGGCUAUGCUCUCUUGAUCUUUCAACUACGCUUUUGUUUCAAAUGCCGUUUUCCUUGUUUCAUGCUUGCUCCGUUGAGAGAAAAAAAAAGCACAAAAAGUCAUCGUUUUUUUCAAGGUAUGCGAAAAAAUAAGUUACGUUGUCGAUGAACUCAAAAAUAUAUGUCCUGGUUUUUGGAAGUUGCUAUUUUUGACUUGGUCUUUAAUUAACUUCGAUGUUUCAGGUCUACUCGCCGGUUGUCGUCACAACUCCCACAGCCAACAGCUUCGGUACGGAGAAUGUCUCCAAUCCAAAAAAUAUGACCAUCUCGCAACUUAUUGCAGAAAUUUAAAAACAAGAUUCAUCCUGCUUUUAUAGUGAAAUGAGGCGUGGGCCCGUAUGUACUCGACUUAACACCUCUGAAAUCUAAUCACGUCUUCCGAGAACGUUUUCCUUUUUCAGCGCCGUGA